AUGGCUCUCUCCUGCUCACUGAGACUGAUACACCUGCGCACUUGCUGGCCGCUGAGUCUGAAACAGGCGUCUUUGAGCACUGCACCAGAUGAGCACUGCAGACAGGUGGCUGGGAGGAACAGGACGAGGAAAAGGUGGAUGAAGGAGAAAAAGCCUAGACAGGGCUGCAGCUUGCCAGGCCUGGAGUCCUCCUGGAAAGAGAGCAUCAUGACUGGAAGUUCCCACCAGUAAUCCCUCUAUCAGCUCCUCUAUGGAGAACGAUACAUCUUUGAGGAAGUCCUGGGCUUGACGUUUCGCAUCUCUCCAGAUGCCUUUUUCCAAAUCAACACAGCUGGGGCAGAAGUUCUGUACCAGACAGUUGGGAAGUUAAGCUGGGCUGAUAAGAACACUGUCCUUCUUGAUGUCUGCUGUGGAACAGGUGCCUUUGGUCUCUCUCUGGCUUGCCAAGCACCUAAGGUUGUUGGUGUCGAGGUGGUGGAGCAGGCUGUAGAGGAUGCCAAAUGGAAUGCAACAUUCAAUGGGGUCUCAAACUGUGAGUUUCACAGUGGGAAGGCGGAGACGGUGUUGCUGCAGUUCCUGAUGUUGCGAGAGGAUGACCAACUCCUUGUUGCAGUGGUGAACCCAUCCCGGGCUGGACUCUAUUAUCGUGUGGUGCAGGCCAUUCAAAACUGCGAGGCCAUCCGUACGUUGAUCUAUGUUUCCUGCAAGCCUGAAAGAGAAGCCAUGAGGAACUUCCUUGAGUUUUGCUGCCCACCAGACCCUGGGAAGAAGCUUGUGAGAGAGCCAUCUGCCCCUCUAUUGGCUGUCCCAGUUGACAUGUUUCCCCAAACAAUGCACUGUGAGCUGGUGAUCCUCUUCACCCGCUGAGGGGCCGUCCUGGUUUAUGUGUUUUCCUACAAAACAGGACUUCAUACCUUUUAAAAGUUGAGGGUGAGGAAGAACUA